AUGGCAAAGCUAAUAGUUAUCGCCUUCACUAUCGCCACCCUCCUAGCCUUCGCUUCCGCCCACAGAACCAUCAUCACCACCACCAUCGAAGACGACACCUUCGACAUCAACCCCAGCUCAAAAAAAGAACAGUGUAGGCAACAUCUCCAGGGCCAACAAUUCCGACAAUGCCAGACUUACCUGCAACAGCCGGAGCAGACACUUCUCCGACAGCCACACCCACAGCAGCAGAAAACCCUAAAAAAAUGCUGCCAAGAACUCCGAAACAUCGACGAAGAGUGCGUGUGUAAGGCCGUGAAACAGAUGUUCCGAGACGUCCAGCAGCAGCAACAACAACAAGAAGAUGGACCUUUUGGUUCCCAACAGAUCCACCAGUUGAAACAAAAGGCUGAAAACCUUCCUGACCUUUGCAACGUCCAAACCAGAAAACAAUGCAAUAUUAAAACCGGCAAACAAUGCCAGAAGCAGGUCCAAGGACGACAGCUUAACCGGUGCCAAAAGUUCUUGAAACAAGAAACCGGCUCCGGUUCCCUGAGGACGGCCGUCAUGAAACAGAAACAGAUGGAUGAACUGGAAGAGUGCUGUGAAGAGCUUCGAAAUGUGGACAUGGAAUGCCAGUGUGAGGCUAUGAAGGAGGUGCUUAGCCAGACCCAGGAGGCGGAGCAGCGGCCGGAGGAGAUGAGGGAGUUGCGACGGAUGGUUCAGAAUCUGAAGAAUCAAUGUGACUUGGAAGUGGAACAAUGCCACAUUCCGUCGGAGGUGUUCUAAGGAAGCUAGUUACAGGGAUGAAUGGAGAAGAUGAAUGAGAAAAAUAAAGCUAGAUAGGGAUUCGUGUGAUCUCUAGUCCAUGUUUAUGGCAGCUUGAGAUGAGAUCAGUUUCCUAAAAUGCGGAUCAUCUAUGUUUAAUUAAUAUAAGUUCUAAUCUACGGUUUCAGAUGAU